GUGCUGUGAUGUAUGUCAGCCAUUAUUCUUGUUCUCCUCCACCCACGUGAAGACACAGUCGCCGCACCGCACACCGAGCAGUUUGAUACAACGCUCGUAAUAAAUCAUGCGCUCCCUCGCCGAGCUAACGCUUUGAGCUAACGAGCGUUGCCGCUAACGCAGGAGCCACAGGGGCAAGGAGCGCGAGAGAGCAGGAGCAGGUCUCACAGAAAGCAAGGACUUGAUAAACAAAGACGGUGAUACAGAACAACGGGCUAACCUCACUCCCAGCACUAUGCCCAUUUGACACACGACUGGGCCGGCUGGACUUUGCUGCAUUUGAGGAUGAUGAGUUGUCUCCUGCACUAGAGCUAGAUGGUGUGGGAAUGAUGGACCUCCCUAAUGGCCAGUCAAGCAUCAACACCAACGCUGGAAUAGUCUCUGAGAGGAGCAGCAGCUCUGAAUCUCUCAGUGAUAAGGUCUCUUCAGAGCUGAAGAAGAGUUUUGAUGCUGUUGUGUUCGAUGUGUUGAAGGUCACUCCUGAAGAAUAUGCAGGCCAGAUUACACUCAUGGAUGCUCCUGUGUUCAAGGCCAUCCAGCCAGAGGAGCUGUCGAGCUGUGGCUGGAACAAGAAGGAGAAACACAGCUCUGCUCCAAAUGCCGUGGCCUUCACUCGCAGGUUCAACCAGACAAGUUUUUGGGUGGUAAGAGAGAUCCUCCACGCGCAGACGCUGAAGAUCAGAGCAGAGGUGCUGAGUCUUUACAUUCGCACUGCCAAGAAACUGUGUGACAUUAACAACCUUCAUGCGGUCAUGGCUGUGGUGUCGGCGUUACAAAGUGCUCCCAUCUUCAGGCUUACCAAAACAUGGGCGUUACUGAGUCGUAAGGACAAGGCAACGUUUGAUCGACUCGACUACCUGAUGUCCAAAGAAGACAACUACAAACGUCUGAGAGACUACAUAAGCAGCCAGAGCAUGGUCUCGUGUAUGCCAUACCUAGGGAUGUACCUGUCCGAUCUGACCUACAUAGACUCUGCCUACCCCUCCACAGGCAGCAUACUGGAGAAUGAACAGAGAUCCAACUUGAUGAAUAACCUUCUCAGAAUCAUAUCAGACCUGCAGAGAUCCUGUACCUAUGAUAUACCCUUGUUGCCUCAUGUACAGAAGUAUCUCAACUCAGUCAGGUAUAUCGAGGAGCUGCAGAAGUUUGUGGAGGAUGACAAUUACAAGUUGUCUCAGAAGAUUGAGCCAGGCACCAGCACACCUCGAGCAAACGCCUCAAAAGAGGAUCUUGUCGGCCAGGAUGCUUCAGCGUCUCCUCUCUGCGGCCGUAAAUGUAUAGUAGCAAGUGAAGGACCCAAAGUCCCGGCCACUCCGCCCUCUCCCAGGAACCUCCUGCCCUAUGGACACAGGAAGUGCCACAGCCUGGGCUACAAUUUUAUUCAUAAAAUGAAUACAGUAGAGUUUAAAAGUGCUACGUUCCCAAAUGCUGGUUCUCGCCAUCUGUUGGACGACAGUGUGAUGGAGAGCCACAGUCCCACCAGAGGACAAGUAGAGAGCUCAACUUUGUCCAGCGGUAUUUCACUUGGGAGCAGCGAGGGCUCGGAGCUUAGUGAAGAGGUGUCUUGGCCAGCUUUUGAGAGGAAUCGGUUCUAUCACUCUCUGGGCCCAGUGACCCGAGUGGCCCGCAUCCCCUACAGAGGAGUCCUGAGGCCCAGCAGCUCUGCGGAAUCGGAGGAGCUGGCAGUUCACUUGUAUCCCGGAGCAGUCACAGUGCAGGGGGUGUUGAGACGAAAGACUGUGCUCAAGGAGGGCAAGAAACCAACAGUGGCAUCCUGGACCAAAUACUGGGUUGCUCUUUGUGAAACCCAGCUCUACUAUUACCCUGCCAAGUCCCUGAAGGCCACUGAGAGAAAACAUUUCAAGUCAACGUCCAGUAAGAGCGGGUGUGUGGUGGGCCUAAUGGCCAUGAUGGCUGACGAUCCUGAGCAUCCUGAUGUCUUCUUGCUGACAGACUCCGAGCACGGUAACACCUACAAGUACCAAGCAGGGAACAGAAUGAACGCUUUGCUCUGGUUCAAACAUCUGAGUGCUGCCUGUCAGAGCAAUAGACAACAGGUGCCAACCAAUCUGAUGUCGUUUGAGUGACGGAUCCUGGGAAGUGUGAAGGAGACAAGGAUGAGGAAACAGACGAGGAGGAGGAUGAGGAAGAGUUUUGACUCGGUAGUGGGAGCUUUCACUGCCAUGAGCCCUGACCGCCGAUUCUCCGAUUCUCGCCCUGGCCUCACUGCAGCCUCACCUGCCACCACUGCCUUAACUAGAGUACUCCGUGUGUAAAUGUGUGUGGUUGUGUGUGUAAGAGUUAAUCUGUGUGGGUGUGUGUGUGUGUGUGUGGUUGGGUGGCUGGGAAUGGAAUGGACUGAUGUGGACAUCCUGACUACUGAACAAGGACCUAGACCACUGCUCUCAUCUCCCAUUUGCUGUUUUGUUUUUACUGCGAGUGUUCAGCACUUCAGUGGAGCCCUUCAACUUCUCCUUUCUCACAGAGUGACUGUCCUCGGAUGGACAGAAAUAAUCCUCUCCUUUGGUUUUCGUAAGGGGUGUUCUUUUUUUUUUUUAUUCGUGUGCCCUUUCAUGCUCUAAAGCAAGAUUCUGGCCUUUUUUAUUCAGCUGGACACAAAAUCAUAACGUGCAAACUCAUGUCGGAUUUAUUCAUUGGACUUUGGAGGGAUUAGAAAUACACUUUUUAUUUGACUUUCAGCUGUCUCUUGAUUCACUGGAGUUGUCACAGGAUUAUUUACACACAUACACAGGGCUGUUUGAUUGCAUAGGGCUCUGAUUUGCAAUCGAUUUCAGCAGAAACGAUUUACACAAUUCCUGAAUGGUUCUCUUUUUUAUAGCAGUAUGUCGCCCCUCAUCGUUUGUCAUAUACUCGCUUAGCUAUCUGUGCAUAUGUGUGUGUGUAUCUAUAUAAUUGCAUUGGGUGAGGAGGGGAGGGAAAAUGUUUGCUUAAAUUACUGGAAUCUUGUCUUGAGUUCCACACCAGUACGAUAAUCCCAGAAUCUAAGCUAAGACGUGUUCAGGCCCGAGUAGAUGAGAGUUCCUGCUUUUACAAACCUGCGAUUCUUCCUUCUCCAGCGUCGUCUGCUCUCUGUCGUCGCCGCCAUCAGCUCAACAAGGUGAUGCUUGGUUUCACCAGACUCACACACACUAUACACUAAAGACUUGAAACUGUGAAAGAGUCCAAGAGAAAGCAGCAAGAACCUGGUUUUAUGUCCUCUUCUUCUUGUUGCUGGUCUGGAGCAGACAUUUAAAGCUACCUGGAGCCAUACAAGUCGAUUUUAAACCUUGUUUGUCGAUAUUGUUCUGUGUUGUUAGUUUCUUUCCCUGUUUUGUUUUUUUGGGAGGGAUGUUGCAGUUCACAGUAUUACUUUGUAGUAGAAUGAUUGCACAUUUAUGUAGAUUUUUUCUUUUGUCUGUUACAUACGAAUGUUACAUUUUUGGGGUUUUAUGUUUUUCUCCCUUUUUGGAGCAGUUAUUUUGAAUAUUUUAUGUACACGUGAAUUUUUUUUUUUUUUUUUCUACAUCUUGCCCUUUAUUCUUUAAACCAGGACCCAGCUUAGUUAAUGCCCCAACCCUCUGAUUUGGAAAUAGCAUAAGCACCUUGGUUUUAAUUAGUGCCAAGUGAUGAUCACUGUUUUAUUUCACGUUGACGAAACUUUAGGAAGCGUAGAGCUGCGGUGGAAUCAGGAGAUGGUGCUGACGGUGGCAAAAACCUUGGAUUGAGUUUCCACCAGAUGUUUUUCUGUACCACAGAGAGACUGAUACUGUUUGUUUUUGAGCAAACAUGAUCAGAAUAGUGGUGGUGACAAAUGAUGAAGUGCUUAUCGCCCAGUGAUGCCCAACAGAUUCUAAUCUCCUUCCUGAAACCGCUGUUUACAUUGUAUGUUUACAUAAUCCAUAGCCCAACAUCAGUCUCCACACUGCUCCACAUGUACUGUAUCAACUUUAGAGAAAAAAAAAAAAAUUAUUGCGUAGAAACAAACGUCCCGUCAAUGGGUUAGAUUAAGCUCAGAGGUACAGGCAGAACAUAUUUGGGCUCACAGCACAGAAUCUACUUAAAUGUGUAAAAUCUGAUUUAGCAACACAACAUACAGUCAUAAGACAAACAUUACAAAGUGAGACUGACUAUUGGGUCCCAGUCAGAAGACAUUCAGCCCUUUUGUAUAUGGGCUAAAGAGACGGAAGUUGAUGAACCUGUGGAGGAAUGAAUGAGGAAGCCAGUGUCAGGCUUAUGUAACGCAGCAGUUAUUAUAAAUAUGUGUGUGGAUUUGUGUGCCUGUGCAUACUUCUCUAUUUUUUUAAAGAAAAACAUUGUAAUUGGAGCCAGAUAGGCAAAUCCCCUUCAGGCUGCUGUCACUGCUGAGCAGUGGGGGUAAUCCGCUACCUAAUCAUCUGUGCGACUGACUUUCUGCCAGCUCGCGCCACAACUCCUGUCGUAUGGGAUGUUUGAAGAGAGGACGACUCAGUAGCUGAUGGGAAAUGGAAACUGCUCGUGUGUGGCAGGAGCUGCGGAACAGAGCAGAGAGCGUGUGAAACGACACAAUCCCAGAACUGAAGCACUAUGGAGGCUGACGGUUGCUGGGGUUGUUAUACCACUAGUGGGCAGAGGGACUGUGAGAGGGCUGUGAAUUAAUUAAGUGAAAUGGUUGCGACGGAGCUUUUUGAUGCAGGUUGAGAAACUUUAUCUGCCGAUGCUGGUCUUGACUGACAUUCAGACGAGCUUAUCCUGCUGGGAUUUGGAAAAAAAAUGCCAAGCUGUUGCAGUUCAGCAAGAAUUGAUGCUGUCUCAGAAACAAUGACUGGCUGGAAGUGGCUGAGAUCAAAAACAAACCCAUGAUGGCGGAUGGAUAUUUCCGUUUCUUUACGUUUGCUUUAUCUGAUGUUAACUCGGAACGAUGACAGAAAAAGAAAGGACAAGAUAUUUGUUGUUGAUUUCUGAGUUUUAUAUCUAAACAGACGAGAGGUGCUUUAGCAUCUAAGAUGGUUUAUUUGAAUUAAUUUGGGUUCAACAAUUGUCCCUUUGAGAAAUUCUCAGAUCAUGUAGAGCGCUUUUUAUGAGCUUUUCCUCACUGUAACCUGAGUUUACAUGAAUUUCUUUUUUUAUGUAAUGAUUUCUGUACAAUGCAUGGUCAGAACAAUUGAAACACGUUUUAUGUUUGUUUUGUGGUUUAAGGUUGACCCAAUCUUUGGAUUUCAAGGCCAAUCACUACCAACAGAGUAACAUCGCAAUCAUCUAUUCUGGGAUAAGUGUGGAAAAUUCAAAUGUAAUCCACUCAUGUAAGAUAAUCUUUGGUUGUAAAGAAGAAACUUGAUGUCAUCCUUGAAAAUUCUGUUUGCCCACGUUCUUUCUUUUCUUUUGACCAUUCUGUCUACAAAUGCACAAUCUGCCCUGUAUUAACUGUUUUGAGUGAACCUUACCUUCUGAGUUUGUUCUUUUUAACGGUCAUGGAAAGUGUUUAAAAUCUGAGAUGAAAGAGGGAUAUUGACUGUGGUUACGUGAUGUGUUUAUUCUUUGGUGGAGAAAUGGAACCAAUGUGAAUCUGUGCCUCCCAUGCACUGGCCAGGCAUCUGUUCACCGUUUACCCAGGACGUUGACAACAAACUUCCUUCAACCCAUCGAAGGUGAUGUAUAAAUGACCUUUGACCUUUACCUUGCUCUAUAUGUCUGUCUGCCCGUGUCAUGACUGUGGCGAGCGCUGUGACCUCACUACAGAGCGAUGUGCUUCCUGGUGUGACUACUGAGAACCAAUAAACACUCUGCCCUUUUUUUACACCACAAA